AUGUCAGACUAUUCUGUCCAAGACACAGACAAAGAAUUAAUCUUGUCAUCUCCAGACGAAGAGUCAGGUGUAGAGGAGCCCUUAAAUACGCAAUUGUCAUUUCUUCCCGGAGAUUUCGCUGUGGUAAAGAUCUAUGGGAAAACUAAAGCCCACUUCAGACUAUAUGUUUGCCAAGUCAAAGAUUAUGAAGAAGGUGGUUACAUCUGCCAGUUCUACAAAAAACAACCUUUUGCGAGAAAAUUUGCUGUUACAGAUGAAGACUCCUUCAUGGAUGAAGACGAGAUAAAUUUACGUUCAGAACCUGAAAAGAUUUUAGGAAUUCUAAACUAUUUAGAAUGUCCAAAUGACUCAGAGUUCGACUCAUAUGAGUCUGAUGCAUAUGAUAGUGAUAUAGUAUAUCCAUCUGAUGACGAAGAUAGUGCAGGAUUCCUGGGAGAGCUUGGUGAUUCUGAUGAUCAAAUGGAAAUCGAAGAUACACAGACCGAUGAUUACCAACCAAAUGAGAGUGAUCUAGAAGAAGAUAGGGAUGACAGAAUAUUAGAGAAUGAUCCGCAGUUAAAAACACGCAAGAAGCGGUGUGGCGUGACGACCACACAUGACACUGACGCAGACCCUGACUAUUUGCCAAGUGGAAAUGAAGACAAUUCUGCAAGAGAUCUUUUCAGAAAUCGCCCAUCAACAAGUGGCGUGGUUGUAGAAGAGCAAAAUAAUGGACCGCCUGCAAAAAGACCAAAACAUGAAGGAAAGAAGAAAACAAGAAGGCCUGAUCAGUGGAAGAGAAAAAAGGGGUCGAUUGCUCGCAAUAAAGGGGAAGGGUACACUGACAGAACAGGGAAAAACCAUCAACCAAAGCAGGUCAGAGAUUUUAACCAUAAUUGUAGGUAUGAGUGCAGUGAUAUUCCUCAAGAGAAACGCCAAGAAAUAUUUAAUGAGUAUUGGGCUCUUGGAAACUGGGAGUUGCAGUCGGCUUUCUUGAAUUCUGUAAUUUUACACCAUAGUCCACAUCAGACCAGAGCAAACAAUGAACAUUACAAUAAAUCUGUUUCGUGCCAGUAUUUUUUUGUAGGAAAAAGAGUAUGCAAGGAGUUUUUUCUUAAAACAAUUGACAUUUCCAACAAAAGAGUUAUGAAUAUUGUAAAAAGAAAACAACUAUCAGGAACAUCUAUUUCACCAAGAGACAAGCGAGGUAAAAAAAUUCCUCCGAACAAAACCAACCCAGAAAAGUUGGAGUUUGUCAAGGAGCAUAUUAUGAAAUUUCCUAGAUACACUAGCCACUACUCACGUCAACAAAAUCCAAAUAAAAAGUAUCUUAAUCCUGGCCUUAAUGUAAAAAAAAUGUAUGAUUUUUACAAGGAGCUGUGUAAAGAAAAAGCUAAGGAGCCUCUAACGCUUCCAUACUACAGGUAUGUUUUUAAUACUAAAUUCAAUUUAAGUUUUCACAGGCCACAAACAGACACAUGUGCUACAUGUGACAGACUCCAACAGCUGGAUCACCUGACGAAAAACAGGCAGCUACAGUACAGAAAGAACUCCACCUACGCAAGGCAGAGAGUGCUAAAGCACAAUUAGACAAAGCCAAAGAACAAGCCAAAAAUGAUUCAAGCCACAAGGCGGUUUGUUUUGACUUACAAAAAAUGCUGCCAACUCCAGUCUUGACGUGUUCUAAGGUCUACUAUUCUAGACAGUUGUGGACUUAUAACUUGUGUAUCCAUGACAUAAGCUCAGGACAAGCUUCUAUGUAUUUGUGGCAUGAGGGCCAAGCGUCAAGAGGUUGUGAGGAAAUUACGUCAUGCAUGUUUCAGUACGUGAAGGCACUGCCCCCCACCGUUAAUCAUUUAACAUUAUUUAGUGAUAACUGUGGGGGACAAAACAAAAGUCAUUAUGUAGUUAAAUUUUGGCUGUAUGUUGUUCAAAAAACCCAAGUUGAAGUAGUCGACCACAAGUUUUUGCUGCCAGGCCACUCGUACAACAACUGUGAUCGUGAUUUUGGAACUAUAGAGUUAGCUAAAAGAAACACGAAUACAUCUGUGUUUGUUCCUGACCACUGGGCUGGAAUCAUUGCUAAAAGUUGCAAAAGGUUCAUGGUAAAAUGUAUGGAAGAGGAAGAGUUCAUUACACUUGAAGGGGUACAACAUCUUUUUAAAAGAUCUGUUGUUGGAAUCGGACAAAUGCAGUGGCUUCAAUACAGAAAAGACGUACCAUGGACAUUGUUUUAUAAAACAACUUUUAAUGAUUCUAUGCCAUUCUCAACCUAUGACAUGAAAGCAAAGUCAUCUGGUAGAACUCCCACUGAACUACCCUUACUAGAACCAAAACAAAAAAGGAAAAAAAUUAAAGCUUCCAAGUACAAAGACCUUCAAGAACUUCUACCCUACGUUCCUCCUAUCCAUCAUGAGUUUUACAAAAAACUGGACUAUGAAGGAAACCCCCGUGCUAAAACCAGGAGUCAAACUAUACAAGUUGAAGUGCCACAGCCUCAAGUAUCAGAGCCAAACGAUGAAGGAGCAGACUCUAUAGAAAAUGGUGGGAAUUGUUAUGAAACAGACUCUGACUAAGUAAAAAACACUCUGGUUGUUAUAUAUCGUGACUAUUCAGAAGAGGAAAACAAAAUAAAUUAUUACUUUGUAUCAAUAAAACAAAACUUUCUUACUUA